CGACUGAAAUUCGUUAUGAAGCUUAUGAAAAACCUGAUAUGCCACAUUUUCCCAAAAAAAUAAUGACUAAUCUGCCAACCUACACUGAUGCUAGACUAUCAGCAACUGAUAGAGAUGUACUGUCGUUUAAUGAUCAAAGUAAUCAGAGCAGUCGAGGCGUAGGCCCACCAGUUACUCCUGGUCAGCUAGCUUGGUUUGGAAUCACACAAGAACAUUUGCCACCAGAAAAUUUGCAUGAAAGCACGAAUUUGCUGACAGACCCACAAGAACACACAAAUUUGCUGACAGACUUACAAGAACCUAAUUAUAGUGAUUAUGAAGAAAUUGAUUCAAAUCGCCAGUCAAUGAUCUCACCGAUACCAAAAAUGAAGCUACAACCAAGCACACAAAGUUGGAGUCGCGCAGGAUAUAAGCCAAUUAAUAGCACAGAAAGAUCAAUAAAAUACAACACGAGUAAUAUCCGUUCAUCCUUACGAGCCUCAGAUAAGAUACAAUCUACCGCAUCAGUAACUUCAAAGACAAAAAUGACACCAGAAAAAGAGAAAAUAGCUUCUGCUUUGUUUAGUG